AGAAGAGUUGAGGAAAAUACAUCCUCUCAAAGCAAUUCUCUCUCUUUCUUUGUCACACACAAGUGAGAGAGAGAGAGAGAGAGAGAGAGAGAGAGAGUCACAAAAUUAUAUGGACCUAAGUCCCCCUUCCCGUUACGUUUUUUCCUUUGCUGUCUGUUCUCUUUCUCUCUCGCGUGUUACUUCCGAAGACAAAUAAAAGAAACCCCUUUCCGAGAAGAACAAUAGCAAAAACAGAGAAAAAAAACUAAGCAGAACACGAAAAAAGAUCAAGGCUUGUUGUUGUUUCAGCUCAAGAUACUCAAUAAAGAAAGGGAAAGAUCUUGUUCCUCUACAAUAAUAUUCUGUUUGUUGUAGCGGACAAGGGUUUUUGAUUCAAGAGCACAGCAGGAAAUGAGCUGUCUUUCAAGUGAUUGGAGUUGUGGAUUGGACAAUUUUUGCUUGUCGCAAAUUUGAGAUUGCAUGGAGUGGUAUUGUUGAGCAUUGCUUGUUUUUGGGGCAUGGAAGAAGAUUGUACAUUUAGGAUUGUUUGGCAGUGAUCAAUAAUUUGUGUUUCUGUUGUCUUGGAGGGUAAGGGAUUCUGGGCUUUGGAUAUUUCGUGCUUGAUCUUGAACUUGGGAAUGAUUUGUGUACCAGGGUUUGGUUUUAAGGGAAAGGAGGUGAUGAUUCUUUGUUGGCACAGAAGACAUCAUAGAAGAUCAGAUUGUAGUGGGCAAUUUUCAUUUCUCAAGAAACCUUUUGGUUUAACAUAAUUUGAGUAUAGUUCUUCGUCAAGAAGGAAAACUUCUCAAAGUUAUUGCAACUGAGUUUUUGUUGAACUAUUGCAGUAUAGUGUAGUAUAAUAGCAGAUUCAACCGAGCAGAUUAGUUUUGAGCUUGGCUAUUGAAGUUAAUUGUUUUUAACGGCAAAGUACUGCAUUGAAAUUAAUUUCCUGUGAAUUCCGUCUCACUGGUGUGUGCAUUACUGUGAAGGGAAUUUUGGUGGGUUUGGAACUCGUGGCUGUUGGAUGUGAUAUACGAGUUCAUGGAGAAGUGUUGAAGCUGGAAAUGAAUGUGGGGACAUGGUGCAUGGACAGGAGCAUAGUUACUGGUCCAUUCCCUUUUCGGAACAGUGCUACUGGAAAGUAAUUCAAUCAUUUUCUUUGGUGAAAGGCAUUGCUGUUUUGUGUUUUGGGUUUCUGUUCAAUGUCGCGUUGCUUUCCCUUCCCACCACCAGGAUAUGAAAAGAAGGCCAGGAGUGACGAUGUUGAUUUACUAAAGAAGGAGAAGGAGAGAGAGAAGAAGCCCAAGAAGGAGAAGAAAGAUAAAGAGAAGAGAGAAGAUAAAGAAAAGAGGGAGAAAGAUAGGAGUGAUGGAAAGCAUAGGGAUAAGAAAGACAAAAAGGAAAAGCAUAGAGAGAAAAAGGAGAAGGAUAGAGAAAAAAGUAGCGCAUCAGAUGAAAAGAGACUUCCGGGGCAAGCUAAGCUUGACAAUGGAGGAGAUAAAGCCUCAGGUGAAAGGAAACUUCCUGGGCAAUCAAAGCAUAUCAAUGGAGAUAAAGCCUUGGAUGGCAGGAAAUUUCCAGAGAAAUCUGAGGGUAAUGGUGGAGAGAUUAGUGCUCAGAAAGGUAAGGAAAGGGAUGGGGAGAAGAAUAGCAUCUCUGGUGAGAAGAAAUUUGCUGGGCAAUUUUCAGGUUACAAUGGUCAGAAGCUCAUUCAAAUUAACAGCAAUUUAUCUCACCAUACUAGGGAUUCUAAAUUUGUACAAGAGCUGGGAAAGAGAGCCAGAGAUGAAGACAAAAACCAGUUCUUUGAGAGGUUUCCUGGUAAAGAUGCAAAAGGGGAUGAGGGAAUGGUCAGACUGGUGGCGAAAGCCCCUAGCAAUUGGGUUGAUGGAAAAGAAAAGAACAAGAGAGAUGAUGAUGGAAACAUGGAUGGUCAAGGAAUCAGGGAUGAAGCAAGAUUUAAUGGCAGUACUCAGAGCCUUUCUGCAACAUUUCAAGCUAGAUGUGAUGAGACGCCAAGACCACUGGAGAAAGACAUUGAGAAGAUGGAAGGGAAGGAUAAGUCCAAACAAAAGGAAAGCAAUCAUAAACGCAAGUAUAAAGAGAAAAAAGGCAAAGAGAAGGAUAAAGUCAGGGAUAAGGAGAAGAAAAGGGAGGAGAAACCAAAGGAGAAAAGUGAGCAUAAGAAGAAAGAGCAAGAUAAAUUGAAGGAAAGUGGUAGGUCUGAUGCUGUAGCUAAUAAUACUGUAAAACCCUCUCAUCUUCCGAAGGAGAUCACUAAUAGUGCUGUUCAUGAAGUAAAUAUCAAGAAACGAAAGGACUCAGACACAAAUGGAUUUUUGCAUGCUAAUGAUAUUAAGCCGGAUAAGUUGCCAAGACCUGCUUCGUCCUUGACUCUAUCAGCUGAGAAUGGAAGGAUGUUGGGAACUUGCCAAAAUCCCACUGCAGCUAUACAAGGUAAGCAGGAGGCUGUCAAUAAUGAUAAGGUGGAUAAUAAAGGACACAAGAUAAAUGGUUUGAUAGAAGCUCAAGCUCUGUCAAUCUCCUCAACAACUCAGCCGCUAUCUAUCUCUUUAAGGAAGCCGUUGCAUUCAACUGCACUAACGGAUCAAAUAGCUGAAGUGUCUAAGAAACAAACCCAUCCAGAUUCCAAGUAUCUGCCUUAUGUGCUUACAGUGCCCAAAAUGGAAGAUUGUUCUGAUUUCGAGGACCAAGAAUGGCUAUUUCAGAGCACCAAUUCCCAAGCAAAGAAGCCCAAGGUUGGAUUUUCAGGGGUCGACGAGACACCACCGGUGUGGUCAGAAGCUCUACACUUUGAGUGGGCUGAUGUUUAUGCGCUGCCAUACGUGAUUCCCUAUUGAUGAUUUCAGCAAUUGGACAUGGUUGACAAUCCGGAACAAUCUAAUGUCUUGGACCCUCCGUAGAACCACAUCGAGGAGAGGUAUGGCAACAUUUGGGCAUUGGGUUGGUUAUUCGAUUCUCAAGCUGCAUUUUUCUGAUUCCUUGGACAGUUUGGUCUGCAACUGCCAGAGUAUCGAGGCAGUAGUGGUGUGCAUUCUUUAACUGCCUGAGUUUUGAAAAGGUGGUGAAUGCAAGCUAAUGAUCUCAGACACUUCAUUGCAUACCGGAGCGAGCACGAAUAGAAAGGUAUUGUUGAAGGGCAGGUUUUUCCUCCUUCCUUCCGGCACAGUAUCACUAAUUCAUUCAGAAAAAGUAAUUGAGCAGGGUUGCUUGGAAGAGAUGCACAAGCCUGUGCAAUUUUAUUCUAUUUGCCUUUAGCCAAAGCUCUUUCCAGUUGAAAAAUGUAAGAGGAAAUGGCUGUGGUCUUGGCGACUCCACAAAAAUUUUGAUUUGUAACAUACGAUUACGAGGCUUAAUUUACAGAAAAUAUUAUAUAGAAGAAAAGUAGUAGCAUUCAUUUA